AUGGCGGACGUAGAGUCAGACUCGGCAUCAGACUACGCAAAUGACAGCCAGAAUGACACGCUAUCGGACUCUGACGACAGUGAUCUCUCCCUAGAUACUGACGACAUUCAGCCGUACAGUUUCGAGCCGCAGUACGAGCCGGGAGAGGCUCCGAAUGACGAAGAAGAAGCCGGUGUGCCCGGCGUUGUUGGACCGGGGGCGGCAGUGCCGAUUGCGGCUUGGGACGGCGUCGAUGUGGAGACGGAAGGCUGGCGGAGACGACCGGGCCAACUCCAAGUUUGGUGCCGUUGUGGAGGCAACUGCCGGAUAUUGCCUACCGUUAGAGAAUGUGUGUGCUGCCAUGACCUCCUCGAACUCACUGAACCCGUUGACGAGGCCAACCUUGAUGGAGGCGGUAGAGGCGUUGGCGUGGGUCCGGACGAGCUCAGAUGCAUCACGCUCCACGAAGAAUUCCACCCCCUUUGCAUCAUGAGGGCAGCUUUGAAGACUGCCCUGAUUCAGAGGGCGAAUCUCGGACUGCAAGAUGUCAGAGAACCUCUCAGUAACAGAAUCCUGAGGUUAUCUGCCUAUCGGCAGUUCACCUGCUGGGCGCACAAACGGAGGCUGGGGAAAGCUGUGAGACGGGUGAUACCAGCCUGUGCAGUUGUGAAGAUCCGGGAGGAGUACCCAAGUCCAGAUGGAGUGUAUGUUGGAUUUUUGGAGGCUGAUGAGUAGCGAGGGCAGACAAAUUCAGAGCUUCAGACACAUCCCUUUUUUUUUGGUUAAAUUAACUUUUCAACUGGAAAUAGUGGUCGUACAUUGUAUAAGACAUCAUAAAUCAUGAGGAAUGCCGUAAUCUGACAUAACAAUGAACCAGAACAUACAACUAUAGUUUUACUUUUCAACUUGAAAUAAUGACCAUGUUUUACUGUCUUGCUAUAUAAUAUAAGAACUGUGCAUCCAAUACAAAUGUACCGAUUUCCACUCCUUUGUCUCAGAGUCGUACAUUGUAUAAGACAUCAUAAAUCAUUAGAAUCUGACAUAACAAUGAACCAGAACAUACAACUAUAGUUUUACUUUUCAACUUGAAAUAAUUACCAUGUUUUACUGUCUUGCUAUAUAGUAUAAGAACUGUUCAUCCAAUACAAAUGUACCGAUUUCCACUCCUUUGUCUCAGAGUCGUACAUUGUA